AUGACAACGAAGGCAGAAAGGGAUUCUGUUAUCGAGUCUCUUGAAGAAGAAUAUCGGGAAGACUUGGCCAUACAUCUCUAUUCAACUUUUUUGUUGCAUCAAAUUAAUCCAAUUUUUCCCAGGAGAAAUUGGGCCAGUUGGCCAUUGAGCAUAAACGAGGUACCUGAUCCUAGAAAUACGUUGAAAUACGCUGAUAAUAUUGUUAGCGAGGGACAGUUUAAUCUGGAUAUUGAUAAAGAUGAAAAAUUAGGCGAAAAGAGAGACGAAAGUUCAGAAAGUUCAGAAGACGAGAGCCUUGCAAGCGACGAAAGCAGUUUUGAUAGUGAUGAAAGAGUGGAUACAAUGCUGGCAAUGAAGAUAAGGUCAGUUUCAUUUAGUGAAUCCUUAACCAACAGCAAAGCUGAUCUAAUCAAUGAAUUAAAUUCUUUAGUGGAAAGGAAAGUGAAUGAGAAGAUUAAAUCUUCACUGCAUCAUGAUAUGGAAACAUCUCCUGCAAUAUCUGGUAAAAUAUCAAAAGAUAUUAGUAUGGCGAUUGCAAACAAAGUAGACAAAGUGCUCAAUCAAGUUUUAAUCUUUGGAAGGGCGAGCACUUCCAAGAGCACUGCAAAGAGAAAGUUCACUCGCUUAUUAUCCUGGCAAGACAUAAUUAUGGCAGGAAUGAACUCGGAACUCACUCUGAAAGUAAAGUUUCCUAUCAGCCUGUAUGAGCAGCUAUAUGAAAAAUGUGAAAAGCUUUUCGAAAACGUAAACUACAACUAUGAAUUUGAUGAUGAUGACAACAACGAUGAUGAUGACGAUGAUGAUGACGAAGGUCUGAGCGACAGAAUAUUAGGCUCGAAGCAGAAAUUCUCAAGAGAAGAAUACCUAGAUCUGCUCGAAGAAGAAAACUCUUCUAAUGCCACGUAUAAUGAUCUUAAGGGACAAAUACACAAUAGGCAGUCUAGUGACCUCAAACACAAAGCAUUGAAAAAAAUAGUAAUAUUAAACAAAAUCAGGAAUGAAGAAAAAUGGAGCUCACUUCUGUGGAAACCUGAUGCGGGAACACAAGAUAGCAAGAAACACCGAAAGAGAUUUCCCAUAAAGAAUAAAACUCAAGAUAUGAAUGAACUUAAAUCUCUUGCACUUAAUCAUGGUGGAUUACAAAUUGAUGAUAAUGAUUACGUCAUUCCAUUGAAUUAA